AUGAGCAGACACUCAACGGCGUGGAAUAGAAGCCACGAAGAUGGACAUUAUGGUGCUCCGAGGGGUGACAGUGAAAGAAGAAAUAGCAUGUUGUUUGCCAACGAUCAAAUGAGUAGGAUAUCAGAUGGUAGGCGAAAGUCUUCAAUCGACGAUGCGAUUGCGUCGGCUGCUCGUGCUUCCGCAGUUACCAGCGACAGAAUCAUGAGUCAUGAUGCUCAGCACUACAACCAUGCUUAUGAGUAUAACAAUUAUUAUGAUUUUCAAGGUCAAAAUCCUACCAAUAACGGUAACGAUGACUUUUUUGAUAAUUUAGUUGAUGAAGCUCUUGAGGAUAAUGCAUCCAAUGGUGCGCAUGAAGAGCACGAGGACCAUAGUUCUAUUGAACACGGUAACAUUGAAACCUCUGGCCCAAAUCAGUCAAAAUUUCAGACAUCAUUUAACGAGCCUAACUACAAUAGUGAAAAAGUCGAAAGGGAAUAUCAUGAUGUUGAUCCUAAAGACAAACCUCCUGAGCAUGCACCGAUCCAUGAUAUUCAACAUCAGUAUAUUGGCCGUCCUGGCUUUGGCCACGAACACUACGGCAUAGAUACAAACUUCGUAGAGACAUAUGAUGAGAGCAGGGAUCACAAAAAUGAUGUACGGGAAGCUCAUUUACAAACCAAUGAUAAACAUUAUGAUGCCCAAGACUACCACCACGAGCACAGCGAUGAUAUAUCAAGAGUAGAUCCUCCAACGUUAAUAGGUGAUAAACGGAAAAGCGAAUUGCAACAAUAUAUACCAGAGCACUACGAUGUACAUGCUCACGAAAAUUUGCAUAAUUUUGAACCAUCGAGUGAAAUCUUGGGUCCAAGAGAAGCGCUUCCAAGGAAUAACUUAAAUGAAGAAGAGGAGAAUGGUAAUGAUUCAAACAAAUUUUAUGAAGAUUUUGAGCUGAAUCACUACGACCAGUCAAGGGGCAACUCAUUUGGACCAGAGCAUCGUUAUGACACAAGAAAUACCAAAGCUACCGAUUCAGCUGCAUUUGCUAUGAAGAGUACUCAGCACGAGUAUGAAACAGAAAUAAAUAAUCAAAAUUUGUCCACAAGUUCAUCGAGAGCUGGAAUUCCAUCUAAUACGCAGAUGAAUUAUUACGAAAAUAGGAAUCAAGUGCCGGAGGAACAAUCACGUUAUGGCACAUCUCCUACGAGGUUUAAUAGUGAUAAAACCCUGGGGCCAGGCAGUCAGUCAAAAUUUCGUGGGAACCUAGAUUUUUUGGAUAUGGAUGACGAUUUACUUUUAGAUGACGACUUUUUAGACGAGGAAGUUGAUUCUACCACCGUGAUUUCAAAGCCACAAGAUAAACUGAUAUCCCCGAACGUUAAUAUCGAAUCGAAGGCUAAUUUUCAACGACAUAAAACGGAUGAAUAUGAAUAUCCUGAUGCUUUGAUCGUAAAUAAGGUGAGACCAGCAGCCAGGUCUGGUGCCAAGUAUUUGCCAGGAGCUUCUUCUCCCAAUUAUACUUCAACUGCAUCUGUCACUUCUACUGGCCCAAACGCACAGGUGACCGAAGUGAAACAACCUAAAAACUUUUUUGAAGAUCUCCCGGUAAGUAUGUCGUACCAGAAGCCAGCGGCAAGAGCCGCUGUUCCACCGAAGCCAUUGUCGCAACAUAUGACUCAGAAUGAACGAGGUAAUGUACCAUCAAAUAGCGCUCCUCCACCGAACCUGUACAAGCCGCAUGUCAUGAGCGCUCAAGUUGUUCCUCCGAACAUAUCUUCUCCAUCACAAGUGACCCGUACUGUCGAUUCAUAUAAAGCAGAUCUACUGAACCAAGACAUGGAGCAACCACCUUAUAGAUCGUUUCAACAGGAAACUUCUCUUGCUAAUCCAUAUAAGCCUAAGGACGAUGAAUAUGCACGGAAAACCAACUACCAUGGCCCUACAAAGUUGCCUGUGCCAGAACCUCAUAUCAUCAAGCCAAAUACACAGCCUCAAAUACCUUAUUCUUCGGGAGCGGUACCAGUUAGUAACCAACCCAGAAGUGGGCAAUUUAGACAUGGACAUCAUUCUCCCUCCCCUGGCGGAUCACUUCCACCCCUUACUGUUCACUCAAACCACUAUACCCCAGUGAGUCAUGGACCGCCUACAAAUGACUAUAAUGGUGCUAGCUUUGGACAUCAUUCAUAUACUCCUACUCAAGCUUCCCAGGAAGUUCAAAAUAGCCCUUCUGGUCAGAAGUUGCACACUUUUCCUCCUGUUAUGAAUCACCAAGGCUCCGUUAAAAGCUACUCACCAAGUUUUACGAAUAGUACCGUACGGCCACAUACUAACAAUUCAAUGACUAGUCCUUACGUCCCGAAUGCAGGUCCCUAUGCUCCAAGUAAUAGCAAAAGAACACAUUCCCGAGCUAGCUCUUUGAUUGGUGCCAAAGGAAAAGAAGUUAAUCCUUACGCUCCUAUCUUGUCACCUGUUCAGGUUUCCGGAGAAACUCCAGACAUUCCAAGGAUAGAGAAUCAUCUACAUGCUGGCAAGAUAAAUCAAAAUAGGUCAAGAGGAAUUUCGAAUCCUAGAGGAAAUGUGGUAGGAAAAUCACAUUCCAUUCAUCACAUGGAUCACAAUGGCACCUCCUUGAAACAGCGUCCCAUUUUCAACUGGAGCAAUUCAUAUUGUGCGCUUUUGAUUCCGGAUUCUUCUACUUCGGUAUUUAGUCAGAGGAAUACCGUAAAGAUAUGCAGCACAUCAAACAUUAUCACAGAUACUUCAACGACCUCGUUUCCAGGGCCUUUGAUCAAAACAAAAACAAAAAGAAAAGAAGUAGAAAAAUGGCUAGAAGCAAGGCUAAUUGAUGAGAGUUCAGCGAAUGCAGACAACAAUCAUAUAUUGGAAGCUAUCCUACUCAACUUGAUCAAAUACGAUGCAGAUGUAAAAUCGAAGGAUUUUAUUAAAGGAGUUUGUUCAUUUUUGAAUAGGAAUGUCGACUAUUAUGCCAAUCAGCAAACCAGUUUUCCUCCGGUAACCAACGUUGCGAAUGCUUCCAAAUUAGAUACAGCAGGGGUAAAUGUUUUAUAUGGAUUGUUGCUGUCGGGCCAUAUUGAAAGAGCGGUUGAAUUCACAAUAUCUAGGGGUGACUGGGCUAUGUCAUUGGCUGUUGCAAGCUUUGGUGGACCAGAAAUGUUUAGCAAAGUUGCUUCAGACUUCGCAAGGUUUUCUUUUCCUUUUCAAAAAUCAAACAAUAAAGUCCAUCAUUUAAUGCCAAUUGUGUUGAAAGCUUGUUCUGGAGCUGUCAAAAGUGUCGUUGACGAUUUUACUAAUGUUUCAGGAGAGGGUGAAUGGGCUAAUGCUCAUUGGCGUGACAUUGUGUCUUCGGUUUUGAUAUCGUGCUCUCCUUAUGAUACGGAAUUUUUGAUCGAAUUUGGCAAGUAUUUGUUGGCAAACAAUAAUGUGCUAGCAAGCGAUGUAUGUUUCAUAUUAAGCGGAUUGCCCUUGACAAGUGUGCCGUCGUCGACCAAUGCAGUUCCCUUUUCAAUUAUUGCAAGUGGGACCGCUGAACACACAGAAAUAUACGAAUAUGCUUUAAGUCUCACUCAGUCGUCCGGCGGGCCAUCUCAAGGGUUGCCUCACUUGUUACCGUUGAAGUUGAAACAUGCUUCAUUGUUGGCAGAUUUGGGUCAAUUUGCAACUGCUCAGAAAUAUGUGGACUAUAUUAAUGGAAUGAUGAAGAACUACGGAAAAUCAUCAUAUGUGAGCCUUAAUUUUCUCAAAGAAUUUUCUAAUCUAGUUGUACGUAUAUCUGAAUCUGGGUCCACGGAGCUGGGAUGGUUUAGUGGAAAGAUUAGUAAAGUUAAUCUUGACAAGGUUUGGGGACAAAUUGAUAAGUUCAUUGGAGGAGAUGAUCCAAGAUCGAAAAACAUGGAAAAUGGAGUCUUUAGUAAAUUUAGCCCGUCAAUUUCGAGAACUACAUCAACUGUUGAUUUCAAUAACAAUGAGUCUAUGCAUAACUACGGUCAACAAAAGUCAAAAUCCCGCACUUUUGACAAGGCCAGAGAACCUAUCGCUGCUACAAAUCCAACAUCCUCUGAUAAUUCUUUGAAGAAUUCGAACGUAAUUUCCAUGGGAAAGACAGUCCAUGAUGGAAAAGGCCACUUCAAAGGACAGCAGAAACAACAGUCUAAGAUAGCAAGCCCAUCAUUUCCUCAAUCUGGUCAAGUUGGUCAUACCGGUCCUAUUAAUCCAAGUACCUCUUUUUACAUGACGAGUCUGUCAAAAUAUGCACCCUCCAAUGCCUCUUCGCAAAAUGUGCUGACGACGGACAAUAUGGUACUUUCAAGAGAAUCUUCGCGUCCUCCGCCUGCAAUAAGACGUGCAAAUUCGAAGUAUUCUCCAAAGUUACCUAAUGAACAAACGAUAGAGCCUUCAGGUCAAUAUGCUUCUCUGCCCAGGUAUAUGUGGCCCAAAUCAGAUGCUAAUGACCAAGAGCCUAAUCCAUAUGAAGAAAACCCGGCUAUAUCUGAGGAUAACAAGAGGCCAUCAAUUGCCAGUGCAUUAUCACGUGAUGACAACGAUGCCGAUUCUUUGCAUGGACAAGUUAAUUCGCCUACAGCUCAAAGUGACAUUAGUUUUGGAUAUCCGCCUGAUAUAAACAGGACGCCUGCUACUUUACUGCAAUACAAUGAGGCCAAUAGACUUUUUCCGAACACUGACUUCGUUGAUAAGAAUCGUGAGGAGUCUCAUGACUAUCCUGCAACAAUUCAAGAAGAUUCAGAGGGCCGCUCUACAAACUCUAUUAGUCACUUGAAGUCAAUACCUAAUCAUGACUCUGAUCAAAAAUUGUCGUCACCUCCAUUAUCUAUACAACAUGAUAACAUAUCGACCCAGGAAACUAGCAAACCUGAAGAAAGCGGUGCCCAAGAUAAGGAUGAAGUAAAUAGUGAUUCUAUACAGAAAGGACCAUUUCACAACGGAGACCGUGAACCUCAGAGUGACUCCUCGAGCUCAAAGAUACAUGCAAGUCAUUCACUGAACUCUUUUAAGGAAGACGAUGUCGAUGUUUCUGAGCCAACCAAAAUAGAGGAGGAACGAGGCUCCAAAAUCGGUAAGUCACCUGUCAUAGGAAUGGAACCAUCGAACGACAUGAAGAUGAAUCAAUCUUCAGGAAAAGAUUCCGAGGUCUCGAAGGAGACAAUGCAAACUGCGAACGACCAAAGCAAGGCUCAACCAGACGAGCAAAUUACAGCACCACCACCACCACCACCAAAAGUGAAUUCUGCCUCACAGACGACGAGAGUUAAUCCGUAUGCUCCGGGUAGUACCAAAGCGAAACCUAAAGUUAGAAAGAACAAGUAUGGGCCUUCCUCUAGCACAUCUUCAGAAAAAUACAAGGUUCCUAACAAAAUAAAAAGUGCUUCUUCCGUUCCAUCAAAGCUAGAUUCUGAAGAGCGUCCCAUAGAUGAGAGUUCUGAUAUAAUGAAGGACGACGAGGUAAGAAGAGAAGAUGCUUCUUCUCCCUCUCCUAAUUUAGUUCAGUUAACAUCCAAACAUACUGAAAAGGUUUCGACAUCACCAAACUUUUCACCUUCAUCGACUAAUUUCGCUCCGCGAAAGGAUUCCGAAAGCGUAACUGAGGAAAGACCAUUGGAAGCCAAAGAGCGAAAUGGGAACCAGAUCACUUCCAAAGAGGCGAAACCCGAAACACCCUUGUAUUUAAACGGCGACUUUCCACCUUCUAGUAAUGGCAGGAAAUCUAUGUUCAAUCCAGUUCAAGAGAAUAAGGGGAAGAGAGACGAAUUUGAUGACGGAGGUUUCGAUGAUUUUCCUAUCCCAGGCUCUCCAGACUACACGACUAGAGAUAAUUCUGUCGUUGUCGGAGCCUCUGGUAUAUACACUUCUAGAUUAUCACAGUCUCAAAGAUCUGCUAUGUAUCAACAGUAUGAAGUUGAAGAUGAUACUGUUAGAGAUUAUGUACCUGUUGAUGAAGAUGACGAAGAAGAAGAAGAAGAAGAAGGUGAUGGUGAAGAAGAAGAAGCCAAAAAAGAAAACACGGGACAACUAGGUAGUAGUGGACAUAAGGAGUCAGAAAAGAAAUCAAAACAGGAUAAAAAUGACAAGAAUAGCGGUUGGUUUAAAUGGCGCCCUAAGGAUGAUGGCAAACCGAGACCAACUAGAGCUAAGCUUGGUAAUAGAAAUCACUUUUAUUGGGAUGAAAAUCUUAAAAGAUGGAUCGAUAGCACGAAGCCAGUUGAAGAGCAACUAAAGGUGGAUGAGCCUCCACCGCUACCUAAGGCAAAAAAGCAUAAUGAAAACAAAAAGAUGACUCCUUCUGGAAUCAAAAAAAGCUCUUUGGAAAGUGAGCACGACGCUAAGAACUCUGAGAAAUCACUGGAAAAAUCUCAUUCAAACAAGAACUUAGCAAGUGCUGGCUUGGAUGAUCUUAUUAACUUGGGCGGAAAUAGCCAUUCAGCUCGAAGACCAAAGAGGGGCCCUCGUCGUGGUUACAUUAACGUAAUGGAGCAAAAAUAG